AUGGCCGGCCUCCCAACGAGCGCAAUGGCUCUUCAGCGCCAGCUCUGCCGCCCGUCUGCCUCCCUCGCAACCACCUUCGCCAAAUCCACCCUCUCAACCUCACAAUAUCGCCGGAACCUCUCAGAUAUCGCUAUCACGCGCACUGGAAAGCCCAUUAUCCGAGUCUCUGGUGGUCGCAGCAGUUUGGGAGGACACUGUGUGACUGUCUUCGGAGCAACGGGACAGCUCGGACGCUACAUCGUGAACCGCAUGGCAAAGGCAGGAUGCACUGUGGUCAUCCCAUACAGAGAAGAGAUGGCGAAGCGGCAUUUGAAAGUCACUGGGGAUCUCGGACGUGUCGUCUUCAUCGAGUACGACCUGCGCAACACUGCUUCGAUUGAGGAGUCUGUGCGACACUCAGACAUCGUCUACAACCUCGUCGGUCGCGACUACCCUACCAAGAACUUCGAUCUCGAGGAUGUACACGUUGAGGGAACACGGAGAAUAGCGAACGCCGUCGCCAAGUACGAUGUUGACCGCUUCAUCCACGUCUCAUCACACUCCGUCCACCCAGAAUCACCCUCGGAGUUCUUCAGGACGAAGUGGCAGGGUGAGCAGGUCGCGCGCGAGAUCUUCCCAGAAACCACCAUUGUGCGCCCUUCACCGCUCUUCGGCUUUGAAGAUCGCCUGCUCCACCGACUGGCAAAGGCUACCAACAUCCUGACUGCAAACAACCUGCAAGAACGAUUCUGGCCAGUGCAUUCAAUUGAUGUCGGCAAGGCGCUUGAGGCGAUCGGCCUGGAUGACAACACUGCUGGCCAGACCUUCGAGCUGUUUGGCCCAAAGCAAUACACAAUGGGCGAGAUCUCAGAGUUGGUUGACAGGGAAAUCUUCCACAAGAGGCGGCACGUCAAUGUGCCAAAGCCAGUCCUGAAGCUCGCUAUGGGCAUCUUGAACAAGGCGCUGUGGUGGCCAGUGGGUAGCGCAGAUGAGGUUGAGAGGGAAUUCAUGGACCAGUUCAUCGACAAGAACGCCAAGACCUUCAAGGAUCUUGACAUUGAGCCGGGUGACAUUGCGAACUUCACAUACAAGUACUUGCAAGGAUACCGAAGCUCAUCAUACUACGAUCUGCCACCAAUGACCGAGAAAGAGAAGCGGGAAGAGAAGAAGUACCUGCACGUUCUCGACGAUCAAUAG